UUGAAUAGGAUUUUCUUAUUUUCGCGUGAAGAACAUUGCAUUUUGUGCGCUGGUCUUUUUUUUUUUGAGUCAAUUAUACGUUUCACUCGCAUUUUUUUUCUACAACUGAUUGUUUCAUACCUAAGUAAUUCGUAUUUAUAUAAAAGAUGAAGGCUACUACUCCUGUUCGCCCCCACAAGGUUUCCUCAAGCUGCAACGAAUUCUCCUUGCGAUAUUUGUCGGAGCAAAGCCUGAACAUCGCACGAUGCAAAAUGGAAGAGGAAGACCUUUUCUGCCUGCAAUACGACAUGAACGAUUGCUACAGCAGGCUGAAGCGUUUGGUUCCUACUAUUCCGCAGGGUAAGAAAGUCAGUAAAGUGGAAAUUCUUCAACAUGUGAUUGACUACAUUCUGGACCUCCAGCUUGCUUUGGAAACACACCCGGCUCUCUUGAAGCAGCAACACGGGACAUGCCCACCCGCUUCGAACCGGACGCCGCUGACGGUUCUCAACACGGAUCAGAGGCCUUCCAUGGUCAACAAACAAGAGGACUCAGUUUUGUGUCGUUGAAAUGUAGCGCAAUGGUGUGCACAGAGCCGAUCCCAAGCCAAGCAAA